AUGGGAAAUAGUGGUACUGUCGCACGCCACUUCAAGAGCGAUUGCGGUGUAACGUUUUUGCUAACAUGGAUCCCUCCAAGCACGCUGAACCGCAAUUCACAUGAAUCGCUGAAUUCCUGCAGUGCGUCCUUAUCCGAUGAUUUCAACCCUGCUUUGGCAUCAACUAAGGCUCCUGAAAUUAUGGCGCUCACUGCAGCGUUGACAUCUAAUCCAGAUUUAGAAAAGGAGUCCACAGCCUCGGAAGGCGCCGUGAGAAACCGCGUGAUUUUGCCACCUGAAAAUCAAAUAACAUAA